CGGGGGCGAGGCCCGGCGCCGCGCCCGCCCCCCGCCUCGCUCCGCCCCGCCGCGCCGGGGCCUGGCCGCCGCGGCUGCCCAUGGAGGCCGAGGCCGAGGCGCGGCUCCUCUUGCAGGAGGCGCGGGAGAGCAUCGAGGCGGCGCGGAGCUACCGGCGGGAGCUGCAGCAGCGGCUGCGGGGGCUGCAGCAGGCGCGCAAGCAGAUUAGAGAGAGUGCAACAUUGACCAGAGAUGUACUUGAGCAACAUUUUAAUGAUUUAAAAGGGACCCUAAAGAAGCUGUUGGAUGAGCGACUGAUGUCACUGCUGCAGGAAGUAGAUACUAUAGAACAAGAGAGCAUCAAACCGUUGGAUGAGUGCCAGAAACUAAUAGAGCAUGGAGUCAGUACAGCUGAUGACCUGCUCCGUGAAGGAGAGAGUGCAGUCCAUGGAGAAGUGGGACAAGAGAAUGAGAAACUAUGCAGCUUUACAAAAAAAGCAUUACAUAUUCAGCUAGAUAGCUUACCAGAAGUGCCCUCCUUGGUUGAUGUGCCUUGUUUAUCUGCCCAGUUGGAUGACUGCCUUCUUACUAUACUGAAAAAUCAAAUAUUCAGACAUGGGACUGUAGCAUCUCGCCCACCUGUACAGUUAGAGGAAUUUGUUGAGAAGCCUGGAGGAAUAUUAGUCCGAUGGUGUAAGGUGGAUGAUGACUUUAUACCACAAGAUUACAGACUGCAAUAUCGUAAGAGCACUGCCAAUCACUUUGAAGACGUAUAUGUCGGCUCAGAGACAGAGUUCAUAGUACUGCACAUUGAUCCUAACGUCGAUUACCAGUUCAGAGUCUGUGCCCGAGGAGAUGGACGGCAAGAGUGGAGUCCGUGGAGUGUUCCUCAGACCGGCCAUACCACACUAGUUCCCCAUGAAUGGACAACUGGUUUGGAGGGCUACAGUUUGAGCAGUCGAAGAAACAUAGCGCUUCGAAAUGAUUCUCAGUCAUGCGGUGUGCUCUACUCCAAAGCUCCUACUUACUUCUGUGGGCAGACAUUAACAUUCAGAAUUGAAACCGUGGGUCAGCCAGACAGACGAGACAGCCUAGGGGUGUGCGUGGAGCAGCAGAACGGCUAUGAUUCUCUGCAGCGGGAUAAAGCCGUGUGCAUUAGCACAAACGGGGCAGUAUUUGUAAAUGGGAAAGAGAUGACAAACCAACUGCCUGCUGUCACUUCUGGAUCGACUGUGACAUUUGACAUGGAGGCUGUGCAGUUAGGGCCUUCCAGCAGCGAGGGAGGAAACUCCAAGCUUAGAGUGACCAUUAGCUCUAACAACAGGGAAGUGGUCUUUGACUGGGUACUUGAUCAAUGCUGUGGUUCUUUGUAUUUUGGAUGUUCGUUCUCAUAUCCAGGCUGGAAGGUUUUGGUGUUCUAGCAGCUCAAGCAAGUGAAGGGAUUCUUGUUCUUGGUUUAAAAUGUAAUAUUAAAAUCUGGGUUUCCAGCUGUUUGAUAUCAAAAAUCUGUUAACAAAAACCUGUCUUUGUAUUACUUGAACUCCACUAUAUUGUACUUUCUACUGGAUUCAUUUCAAAAAAAAAAUUGUGAAACAUCAUCUGAUCUGUUACUCUGGAAAAAGUUAAACAGGCAUUUGCUUAGGCAAAUUAAUUUAAACAGUCCAUAAAGACUUUUACUUUUUCUUUUUUCCAGACUUGAUUUUUGUCAGUAUUUCAUUGUACUCUAGUCUCAGGGUACGCUUGUGUGGAAUUGACUUUGCUUAAUGCUGCUGUUCUGUGAAAUAAGCCUGUAAUUUUGGGGGGUUGGAGUUAACGGACCAAAGUUAUAUUUAUACCACUCAUAAAAAGAGCAAAGUAUUUAGCACAGUGAUGUUCUGCCAUGCUUCCUUGUACACAAUGCUGCCUUAAUCUGAACAGAUAGUGGCUUCUGCAUGCAACAGCAAUUUAUUCCACACACGGUACUGUUCAUUCUCCCAGAACAAGGAUGUCUGAGCCAAAGUGUCUGUUUAAAUAUGUAGCCAGUCUGUUAAAUGUCUCACUGUUAUGCAAGUGCCUUAUUUUCAGAUAUUUCUUGAAUUGUUUUGUGUGUUGUCACUUGAAAUAUAUUUUCUAGAGUAGUUGCAUGGCAAUGCUUACGUCCUCACUUUAAUGCUGACACUUGUCUGACAGACUAGACUGAUGCCUAGGGUGGGAUGGUUACCCCGACCUGCUCAAACGCCUGCCCCAGCUCUGCUUCGCUUUGCUGGCUAUGUCGGAGCAGGCCUUGCUGCUUUACUCUUUAGGCACGACGUGCAGGUGGCAGCCGUGGUGCCUCACGGAGCCCUUGUAAGACGCGGAGAUGAUUUCUUUGCCUUCAAACUGUCCAUCAGAGACAAGUGAAACAGGGGAUUCCUGGAAAUCCCAAACAGCGCAUGCAGGACAGAUACCGGCAAACGCCUUGCGUUCAAGUGCAGUAGCGCAGGUUGAUAUGCCCGGUGCUGGGCAUAGCCUGCGCUGCAAGCAGUAGCGCACGUCCAGAGCCAACGGGGACUGGGGCGAGGGAUCCAGGUCAGGAGUUAAAGGAGAUGAGCGUUGUUUACGGGCUUAAGACAGACUUUAGCCCACUCAAAAUAGAGCAGAUGGUGCUAAUUCAGCUGUGUCCCCCAUCUAGUAGCAUGGGCUAAGAAUUUCCUGUGAAUUAAGUCAACUUUUAAAAUAAAAGUUAUGAUGUUACCAGUAUUGCCUUAAUAGUAAAUGAGGUUUAGAAUAAUGCAUUUGUCAAAUAGAGUCCUAUUCCUGGUCAAAAGAUUAAUUUGCAAUACUACUGGAUUUAAAGAAUAUUUUAAAGAAAUGCUGAGGGCUUUAAAAGAGGCCUCUUACCUCAAGACUGAUAAAUAUAUGUAUAUAUAUUUUAGCAUGUUAGAGUAGCAGUAUUUUUAUAAAACCUAGACAAUCAUCCUACCCUCUUCCUUGAGUGUUAACACACUGCAUGAGCCCUCUGUGCUAGCAUAAAAAAAACUUAAUUGGAUUAACCCCCCCCAUAGUCAAAUUAUCAGUCCAAAAAGAUUAGUGAUCCUACCUGUAUUUUUUCCCCUAGACCUCUGUAGUAGGGGUACAUGAAUUGCAAAAGAGAAUAGAGGCUAGUAUUUAUACCAUUUACAAGGAAAAAAAAUAGUCAGAUGUAUGCAAAGAACACGUAUAUGGCAGUUAAAUUGGAAUUUGCUAUAAAAUGCGAAGUGAAGACAACUGGACACCUGCAGGUAAGAUUAGCCCGUGUUAGCAAAGCAAAGCCUGCUGUUUUCUCAGCUCCUCAAGCUUAACUAUUUCACUGUUGGGGAGUCGGAGGAUACUAGCUUAUCCUGUACUUCUGGGGCUCCUUCUCUCAACUAGCCUGCAAAGAGCAUUUUCCAUAAUGCACUGCAUCCCAAUCCAGUUCCUUUGCUAUCGCUAAGAAAGCGCAGUAGAUGGUCAGACAGUAUCAGUCCUGUUUAGAGAUGGUCAGGCUGGCGCUGUAGCUAGCAGCUCACUAUCGCCACUAUUAAUUAAAGCAAGAUUUAUAUUACUAGUAAGACUUCAGGUGUCAGGUACUAGUUGUAACUUCAUAUUUUCACUGUAUGGAAGCUAAAUUAGCAAAUAUCUACACUUCUGAGGCACCGAAGGUCAGGUGCCUUUUCAUCUGCUUUUGGAGGGGCUAGUCAGACUAUCGAAUAGUCAGACUACUGCUCUGGGGGAUAUUUACCAGCACGUUAGAGCAUGAAGUGUAAAUCUUCAAUUCAGGUACUUCGGGAGGGUCUUACCUUGUCAGUUUGUUCAGAAUAUACGUACAAAGCAGCUUACGAUGACUGUGAAGGGCUAGUACAGGAUGCGCCUCGAGCUCCUCCUGAGAGCUGAGGAUGGCAAUAGGCUAAAUAUGCUUCUCUGACUUUAGUCUUUAGCUAUAUCUAGAACAGGGCCAGCUUGCCAAUUUUCUUAUUUUUUUCAAUAUAAAAAAUAAGACUAGCUAUAUAGCAUGUAAGACUAGCUGCUUGAAAUACAUAUUAGGUACUGUUCAGCUGCCUCUUAGAGCUGCACCUUUUAAAUGUGGGAGGGGUAACGAAUCUCAGGGUAAGAGACCCGAGUAAUAGGUAUCUAAAAAACCUGAAGAGGCUUGGAUUAAAACAGUUGAAAUUCUGUUACUCCAGAACACAGUUUAGAUAGAUAAGAAACUUGACACUUCCUUUACAGCCUUUCACCUCUAGCUAUUGGGAGCCUUGCAAGCAACAGAGUGUUAACUGCUUAUGAAAUCCUGAAAGUUGUUUUCUGAAGCUAGUACAUUUACUUACCUCAACUAAGACAUUUGUGUCAAGUGAUAUUUGAAUUUUUUAAAUAAAGUUUUAUCCCUCAA